AUGGUGUAUUUCCGAGCUUUCGCGUCCGCGUCGACGGCUCUACAGCCGGGUGCGAGAUUGUCGACUCCUCUGAGACGACGGCCAGGCCUGGUAUCAAGCAGGUCUCCUCCAUGCUUUUCGUUCAUGAAUCAUGGCUCUGUCCAUCACGCACCCGUGUUUCGAGCGUGGGAGAGUACGGAAACGAAAACAACAACGUCUGCGCCCGAGAAUAAGACGACGACCGCGGAAAAGGAAGCUGGCCAUUUCACCGUCGAUCCAAACGAGUCGCUUCUCUUCUUCAACAACCUCUUUCCCAUCAGGCUGAGCGCCAUCCUGAGGCUGCCAUCCAAUUCAGAUCGUGACCUUCUUCGUCGGUUCGACAAUCCGACAUUGGGUAUCAUGGACCCAAUCCGCCUUGUUAAGAGAGCCAUUCCGGAGGACAUGUCGCUCAAGGUGACGGAGAUCAUGCCCCGACUCAAGGACGGAGGUGUCUUUGUCAAGGUUCAUCACGAUCCGAGAAUUAUCGAUCGAAAUUUUUCUUACCAUGCCACCACCGCAGACACACUUUUGCAAAGGUUGGAGGCGCAACCUCUCAAGCCCUGGUUUAGCCCAUUCCGAGGCGUCCAAGGUCGUUGGGUCCGUGGCUCACCUUGGCUGGAAGAUCUCUAUCGCUUUCCUUCACCCCUGCUGAAGGCCGAGUUCGCGCCUCGGGAGCCAGGAGCCACACCGGCGGAGUUGUCGGAGGAGAUGCUCUACAGCCUCUUCCGCCGGUACGGUAAGAUUGCCGACAUCAUGCCUCAAGCAUGGGACUCAAAGGAAACACCGAGGUAUGCGACGAUCGCCUUUCCGCGUAUACGGGAUGCCAUCAUGGCGCGCAACUGCCUUCACGGCUUCCUCGUCACCGAAGCCAUGGGUGGAGGCAAGGACGGCACCGUUUUGAGGCUUUCGUACAUGAAGCGCGUCAAGCCGCACAGUAUUUGGAAUUGGCUGACGAACCACCCGCGAAUCGUGAUUCCAAUCAUCGCAGCCCUCAUUGCUGGCGCAUCCGUCAUCAUUUUUGACCCCAUACGAAAGUUCUUCAUCAAAGUCCACGUGCAACAGUCGCUCAAGUUUACGCAGUCGCGAAUCUACAAAUGGUUCAAGUCUCGCACCGAUGGCCUCACUUUCCGCACUCAUAGACGGGACAUGAUGGAAGGGUUGAGCACCAUUUGGAAUCACCGGCGAGAACCGAUCGAGAAGCUCCGGGGCUGGCUUGACGGAAGCUCCGACACAUUUGUCGUCAUCACGGGACCCAGGGGUUCGGGCAAGGUGGAGAUGGUCAUGGACCAGUCGCUCGCGGGGCGGAAGAAUGUCCUCCUGAUCGACUGCAAGCCUAUCGUCGAUGCUGGAGGCGAGGCUGGCACGCUUAGGCGGUUGGCGAGCGCCGUCGGAUACCGUCCGAUGUUCUCUUGGGCAAACAGCAUGAGCAGCAUGAUCGAUCUCGCCGUCCAAAGCACAACUGGCGUUAAGGCUGGCUUCUCCGAGACGCUCGAGUCCCAGGUCGACAAGGUACUGCGGACGACGGGGGCCGCUCUCAAGGACAUUGCCCUGUCCGGACGAUCAAGCAAGGAUAAAGACGCGAGCCUCUCGGAAGACGCCUUCCUCGAGGCCCACCCGGAAUGCAGGCCUGUCAUUGUUGUCGACAACUUUUUGCACAAGAAUGAGGAAAAGUCGAUCAUGUACGAGAAGAUUGCCGAGUGGGCGGCGUCUAUGAUACAGAACAACGUCGCACACGUCGUCUUUCUCACUAGCGAUUCGGCAUAUUCUAAACCCCUGUCCAAGGCCAUGCCGGACAGGGUCUUCCGUACCAUCUCCCUCGGCGAUCUCGACCACAAGGUAGCUCGGAAAUACGUUAUGAGCAGGUUGGAAGACGACCAAAAGGCCGAGGACGCAACGGAGGCGGGUGAGGGCGUCGGGACGCGCCCGCGACCCAACGUCAACGGCUUAGACGCGUGCAUCGAGACGUUGGGAGGGCGCCUGACGGAUCUCGAGUUUCUCUCGCGUCGCAUCAAGGCCGGGCAGAGCCCUCGACAGGCCGUGGACGAAAUCGUGGCUGAUGGUGCUACCGACAUUGUCAAAAUGUUCUUGCUCCCCAAGUCGGGCGAUGGCGAGAGGAGAUAUUCAACUCAGCAAGCCUGGCACCUCGUGAAGUCACUCGCCGAGGCACCUUCCCUCCGCUACAACCAGGUCCUCCUAACGCCCACAUUUUCCUCUUCCGGCAGCCCAUCGGCGGCCGACGGCGAAGCAGCCCUCGAUGCCCUCGCCAGUGCCGAGCUAAUCUCCCUCAAGACGCAUCAGGGUCGUCCGCAGCUCAUCCGGGCCGGAAAACCGCUUCACCAAGCCGCCUUCGCCGUCCUCGUCAGCGAUCGCGUGCUCAAAGCCAAGAUGGACCUCGCCGUCGCGAGUGAGAAUACCAAGGUCGAAUCCAAGAAUAUCGAGACGGUCGAGAAGGAGCUCGCGCUUCUCGGCGGCCUGCCGAGGCAGACGAGCGAAACGGCGGCCAGGGUUAUAUACUUGCUGAACAAGUUGGAUGCAUCACAGAAGAGGAUUGGUGAUUGGGAGAAGGAGAUGGCAACGCUCAAAAAAGUGCUCAACGACGAGUUUUAA